AUGUCCACAGAGCUCCUCCGCCCAGCGAUUCUGAUCAUCUCGGACACCGCCUCUAUCAACCCGCAGAGCGACAAGUCUGGCCCAGCCCUGACGGAGAUAUUUGCAUCCCCUCAGCAUUCCAAGACAUGGGCAAUUCCUGUCGUCAAGAUUGUGCCUGAUGAUUUUGAUCAGAUUCAUAAUACUGUAAAGGAAUGGGCUGAUAAUGAGGAUGAUCGAUUUAAUUUGAUUUUGACGAGUGGUGGGACAGGGUUUGCGGUCAAGGAUGGGACGCCGGAGGCGAUCUCACCGUUGAUUCAUCGUCAUGCGCCAGGGCUUGUGCACGGCAUGAUAGCGGCAUCUCUGAAAGUAACUCCAUUUGCUAUGAUGGCUCGUCCCGUGGCAGGKACACGAAAUGCAUCCCUAAUCAUCACACUCCCUGGAUCACCAAAAGGAGCCAAGGAGAAUCUUGAAGCAGUCAUCAAUCUUCUCCCACAUGCUUGCAUUCAAGCAGCCGGCGCAAACUCGCGUGAAAUCCACGCAAAGGGCAUCAAAAAACUUGAAGAAGACGCCGGAGUGCCGUCUAAAUCCACAAAUGAGAAUGAGCACAGCCAUGGCCACAGCCAUCACCAUCACCACCAUCACCACAAUCACAACCACGACCAGGGACACACAAUCCCCAAAGCACAUACAUCACCAGAAGACAGACCACAAUCCAACGACCCCAGCGCUGGUCCUACACGGCGAUACCGUUCCUCGCCUUAUCCCAUGCUUUCCGUGGAUGAAGCGCUCAAAAUCAUCGCUCAAGAAACUCCCGAACCUGUCAUUAUAGAAGUACCGGUAACUACCGACCUGGUCGGCUCAGUGCUUGCUGAAAACAUCUAUGCCGGCGAAGCCGUCCCAGCUUAUCGCGCAAGUAUCGUCGAUGGAUACGCAAUCAUUGUACCCGAGGACGGCAACGGGCCUAGAUCCAAGGGCAUUUUCCCUGUGGCUUCUGUCUCGCACGCUCAAGCAGCAUCUAUGCCUCCGCCCCUUGAGCCGGGGACCAUCGCCCGAAUUACUACCGGUGCACCUCUACCAUCAAACGCGAAUGCCGUGGUCAUGGUCGAAGACACAGUUCUCGCCUCCGCAACACUGGACGGAAAAGAAGAAGCAACCGUCGAGAUACUGACAGACGACAUCAAAGUCGGCGAAAACGUUCGAGAACCAGGUAGUGACGUUAGUAAAGACUCCAAGAUCCUGUCCAAGGGAGACAUGAUAUCCGCCAUCGGCGGCGAAAUUGGUCUUCUCGCAUCAACGGGUACAAGAACCGUAAAGAUCUUCAAAAAGCCUACUGUCGGCGUAUUGAGUACAGGCGACGAACUCGUCCCUCACGAUGAACCCGUUCCAUUGCAUGGCGGUCAAAUCCGAGAUUCGAAUCGGCCAUCCUUGAUAUCCUGUUUGAGAGCUUGGGGCUUUGAGACGGUCGACCUGGGAAUAGCCCGCGAUACMCCCGCCGGCGAACUGGAGAACGCUCUUCGGGGCGCGUUACGUGGUACAUCAGCUUCUCAGCCCGCGGUAGAUGUGAUCGUCACAACGGGGGGUGUAUCGAUGGGAGAAUUAGAUCUACUCAAACCAACCAUUGAGCGCACGCUGGGCGGCACAAUUCAUUUCGGACGAGUGUCCAUGAAACCCGGUAAACCGACCACAUUUGCCAGUGUCCCGUACAAACCAUCAUCCUCAGCAUCCGCAUUAGGAGGGCAGCAGCAGCAGGAAAGAGAGCGGAGACUCAUAUUCUCAUUGCCCGGAAACCCAGCCUCGGCGCUGGUUACAUUAAAUCUUUUCGUCCUGCCAUCGCUACACAAAUUGAUGGGUCUGGCGAAUCGAAACAACUCCUCCCCUCAAGCCAACACCACCACUGCAGUAGGCUCAGGAUUAGGUCUGCCACUCAUAACAGCAACACUUACACAUGGAAUCCCGCUUGACCCCAAACGGACAGAGUAUCAUCGCGCUAUUGUGAGCGCGUCACGGCGUGACGGGAGGUUGUAUGCGACGAGUACCGGGACAGCGGGUGUUGGGCAGAGGAGUUCUAGGGUCGGAAGUCUGGCGAAGGCGAAUGCGUUGUUGGCUCUAUAUCCAGGGCAGGGUGUUGUAAAGGAAGGACAGACAGUUGAGGCGUUGCUGAUGGGGAGUUUGAUAGCGGAGGAUUAG